UUCUGCCAUCCACCGAACAAAUAGGUGAAUACCGCAUAUCCACCCCGCUACAAUCGCAUUCCAUGCUCACUGCACCGCGGAAGAUUGAAACUGCAUUUCGACCGAUCGCAAUUCCCGAUUUGAGGUUUCUUUGUUGYUAUGGUAGCAAAUAGCACUCCUCGCCACCAUGUGAAUCUGAACGAUCGAGAAGCGCGAGAGAUUCUCGACGCGAUGGAGGUCGAUGUCGUGGAAGCAUCGAGCAGAAGAGAGGAAAGCRUGGCGCACGCAAUGGAUGCAUUUUCUUCCUUUGUCCUGUACGAAGAAAGAGAAGAGUGCAAGCAAAUCCUUGAGCGGCACAUGGGAGGAGCCGUUGGCGCGCUACAGGGAGGAAACGACGACGAGGAGAUCUACCGCGUGCUCAUCAACAACGACGAAGACGGGGCAUGCUGCGAGCUGCUGCGUAUGUUCCGAGCUAGAAGCAGGGAAGGCAAGAAGCUCGCUCCCUUGCUGACCCCCGAACGGUUCGAAGAAUACAUGCUCGGGAUGUGCGAUAGGCGUUCGAUGUCCCGGUCGUGCAGAAAAUGCACCCGGGUGAACAACAUCAUGUUCAUCCUAACGUUCGGAACCACGAUUGGCCAAGUCAGGCAUAUCGAUAAGAUGAAUCCCAAUCUCCAAAUUUGUCUUUACAUGUCGACGGAUUGUCCGAGCACCAUASUAUAUUAUCUAGAAGAACCGGACGUCAUCAACGGAGAGCAAUUGGUGGAAUACUGGGAAGAGACCAAAUCUGUUCCCGACCUGAUCAAAACCAUGCUGCUACCCGAGCAAACAUCCAGAAGGUUAUUAGAGCAACACCACACCAAAUUCUUUUCGUUCUGGGGGAGCAUCGAUUCGGUUCUCUACACCUUUGGCAAGCUGUACCGGCCAGUCUCGUCAUCGGUGUSCUUUAGUGCCGAUCCAGGCACCACGCUGAUAGCCGGCGGCAAUGAGGUGCACGCGGGGCCUCCUACCACGGGACCCCGCAUGUUUGCCUUUGCCGUGGGGAUCCCGGGAGAAGAGGARGGUGCCGACUACAUCGAAGGCUCUGGCACGGAUGCCGAUUGGAAUGGCGGCGAUAACGAGGACAACGACGGGGAGAUCCAAUAUUGCCCGGCCCUCCUCCACACAGAUCUCGCUUGCAUCCUGUUUGCGACAAUGGACACCGAGUUUCCCGAUCGGAGCGAAGAGCACGACGAUGCAAAGCGAUUCCUUCUSGGAAUUUUGCGGGAACUCGUCGCCGACCAGCCGCAGGAAACCUACGAGCGCCUCCUUUCCGAUGAUCGCUCGGACCUGCGGGAUUGGCUGGGGAGAGUAGCCCGUGCGACACUUGAGGGAGAGACAUACGAGGUGAAUAAGCUUCUAGAGGUGGCUCUUGAGAGCGAUUCCAUUUUCUACCCACCGGAUAUAGGAGGAACCCGCACCGGGAAGAAAAACAAAAAAGAGAAGCGGCGUGCCAGAAGAAAGAAAAAGAACCUCGCCUAGGGCUACAAGGAGAGAACAAACCCAGGCCGUGAUCAACCGYUGAAAAUUCAUGUUGGAACUUUUUGCAAAACGAUUKUUUUCGGAUUGCAGUUUGGCGGACAGCAGGGGCGAAUUGUUGUAGCUAAUAGUUUGAAUUURAAAAAUAAAUAGAAACCGAAAGU